AUCGUCCAACCCUCUUCGUCGCCUUCUUCUUCGGAACAGUGCUUUGUUUCUCAUAUCACUGUCGCCGGCGUCUUCUGGCUUCGACCGGCGAUUUUCCGACUGCUACGUCAACAACGUUUUUCUGGCUCCGACGUGGUUCGAAGGUCCAGAGGCAGCAUCGAGCUUCGGUCACGGUGCGCCACCGGCGAGUGCAGGAGAAACUUGGGCCAGGCCAACUGGGCGGACUGCUCGUGGGCUCUUGGCUGGCGGACUGGCUAGGCCCAUAUUGCAGGAAGGGAUGCAGAGAGAAUCGCGGCGGCGGCAGGGGCAGCAGAAGUAGAACGCGCGUCGCGCGCGGAGACCGCAGAUCAGCGAUUGGAAAAAGGAGACCCAGAAUAGCAGCUCGCCACGACCAACUCGCCCAACUAUUCUCGACCGGAAUCCUCUACUAUAUAUAUCCAGGGUGCUUUCGCUGCUCGGGCACACAUUCAUGCAAGAAAUUACUAGCAGGACACCUGCCUAGCUAGUGCCCUGCAACCGCUCGCAGAGUCGAGUACGUGCAUCAACUGUUUUCCAGCUACUACUCCUCCACUACUGUAUACCUGGAUUAAUCGAGUACCUGCAUCAAACGGGCGCCCAAGAUGGCUGCAGCUUCUGGCCAACGCGCCUCCGCGCUCGCCGUGGCGUUGCUCGUCGCCGGAAUCCUCGCAUCCCUCCCCACCGAGGUGCGAUCCAUCGGCGUGUGCUACGGGGUGAACGGCGACAACCUGCCGUCGCCAGCGGACGUCGUGGCGCUCUACAAAUCCAAGAACAUCGCCGGCAUGCGCAUCUACGCCCCGGACGAGGCAACGCUCAAGGCGCUCUCCGGGACGGGCAUCGAGCUCGUCAUGGACGUGGGCGGCAGCCUGGCGGCGCUGGCAUCGGACCCGGCCGCGGCCACGGCCUGGGUCGCCGCCAACGUCAAGCCCUUCGUCCCGGGCGUCAAGAUCAAGUACAUCGCGGCCGGCAACGAGGUGGAAGGGGACGCCACGGCCAGCAUCGUCCCGGCCAUGACCAACCUCAACGCGGCGCUCGCCGCGGCCGGCGUCAGCGGCGUCAAGGUGUCCACGGCGGUCAAGACCAGCGUGCUCGGCACCUCCUCGCCGCCUUCCGGCGGGGUGUUCAAGGACGCGUACAUGGCGGAGGUGGUCAGGCUCCUGGCGUCCACGGGCGCGCCGCUGCUGGCCAACGUCUACCCCUACUUCGCCUACGCCGGCAGCCAGGGCAGCAUCGACCUCAACUUCGCGCUCUUCCAGCCUAGCUCUACCUCCGUGCCGGACAACGGGUUAACUUACACCAACCUCUUUGAUGCCAUGGUGGACGCCAUGUACUCGGCCAUGGAGAAGUGCGGCGGGCCGACCGUGCCGAUCGUCGUGUCCGAGAGCGGCUGGCCGUCGGCGGGGGGCGGCCCCGAGACGACCGUCGACAACGCAAGGACGUACAACCAGAACUUGAUCGGCCAUGUCGGGAACGGCACGCCCAAGAGGCCCGGGACGCCGCUCGAGACGUACAUCUUCGCCAUGUUCAACGAGAACCUCAAGGGAGGGGCUGAGACCGAGAAGCACUUCGGGCUGUUCAACGGGGGACCGGACAAGGCGCCGGCCUACCCGAUGACUUUCUGAAGUGUGCGGAUCAAGUACGUACAUAGAUUUUUCCAUGUCUAUAAUCGUUUUUCUUUUCUUUUCAAUAAGCUUUCCCGUAAGAUGCAUGCAAAAUAAAAGCGGGAACUGAAUUUAUUGGGUUAUAUGAGAUCA